UGGUACCGGGUGAGGGGCGCGGUUGCCGUAGCGACGGCGGGAGCGGCCCCGGUCCGGCCCGGCCCCGGCAGCGCAGCGGGAACGAGCCCGGGAGCGCGGCCCCGGCGCGGCUGUACCCGCGGCGGCUCGGUCGGGAUCCACCAUGAACUUCGAAGGGCUCAACCCCUCUCUGGCSGAAUACGCGGCGCCCCUGCACCCCGGGGCGCUGGACACCGUGCUGGACGCCCACCUGCCGGGCAGCCUGGUGGAGCUGGACCCCGAGGGGGUGCCCAUGGAGGGCAUGGCCGUGCCCGAGUCGGUGCAUCUGAUGGAGGGCAUGUACAGCGAGCUGCACACGGCCGUCUCCGAGGUCGGCGUGCCCGUGGCGGCCGCGCACUUCGACCUGCACGAGGAGAUGCUGUGGGUCGGCAACCACGGGGGCCACGCCACCUCAUUUUUCGGGCCCACGCUGGAGCGCUACUCCUCAUUCCAAGUGAACGGCAGCGACGACAUCCGCCAGAUCCAGAGCCUGGAGAACGGCGUCCUCUUCCUCACCAAAACCAACCUCAAAUACACCUCCCGAGGCGGCCUCAUCAUCUUCGACUACCUCAUGGAUGAGUCCGAGGACAUGCACAGCCUGCUGCUGACUGACAACAACACCCUGCUGGUGGCCGGGCUGCAGAACCACGUGCUGGAGAUGGACCUCAACACGGUGCAGGAGACGCAGAAGUACACCGUGGAGGUCCCCGGUAUCACCAUCAUGAGGCAAUCGAACCGAUUCUUCUUCUGUGGAUGACACUCUCAGCUGUUGGGAUUUUUGCACUGGGCAGUUUUUGGGGUUUUCCUGCACUUUGACCCUCGUGGGUCCAUUUCCACUCAGGAUAUUCCACAAUUCCAGAGCCCAGGGAUCAUUUGGACUAUGCUCUCAGCUGUUGGGAUUUUCGGACUGGGCAGUUUUGGGGUUUUCCCUCACUUUAACCCUCAUGGGUCCAUUCCCACUCAGGCCACUCCGUCCAACCACAAACCCCAAACCCCAAAUCCCGUUCCUCCUUUCCCUUUAGGCCAAUGCCAAUUCUGUGAGCCCACCGGGCUGGCCAACCCCGCCGACAUCUUCCACGUCAACACUGUGGGGCCGCUGCUGAUGACCUUCGCCGUUUCGGCCAGCAAGCAGGCGCUGGCCUUCGGCGACUCCGAGGGCUGCGUCCACCUUUGGGCCGACUCGCCGGACGUCACCUUCAACGCUUACUCGCGGGAAACGGAUUUUGCUCUGCCCUGCAUGGUGGACACGCUGCCGCAGCUGGAUUGGAGCCAGGAGCUGCUGCCGUUGGCGCUGAUCCCAGUGCCGCUGACCAGCGAGGCGCUGCUGUCCGACUGGCCGGCCGCCAACUCGGCACCGGCGCCGCGGUAACGGCCGGGGGAGGUGGGGUGGGUGGGGAGGGUGAGAGGCCCAAAAACCCGAAGUCUCUCAGGCCAAAACCCNUAUCGCCUCAAGGAAUUGGACAACGAAUUCGACACCUUCAGCCAAGUGCCCGAAUCGCCCAUCGGGCGCGAGGAGGAGCCGCACCUCUACCGGGUGGCCAAGAAAUACCGCAAGGUCACUAUUAAAUAUUCCAAGCUGGGGCUGGAGGAUUUUGAUUUCAAGCAUUACAACAAGACGCUGUUUGCGGGGUUGGAGCCGCACAUUCCCAAUGCUUACUGCAACUGCAUGAUCCAGGUGCUGUAUUUCCUGGAGCCGGUGCGCUGUCUGGUGCAGAACCAUCUGUGCCAGAAGGAAUUCUGCCUGGGCUGCGAGCUGGGAUUGCUGUUCCAUAUGUUGGAUCUGUCCAGAGGGGAUCCC